UCACAAUUUAAAAGCCCAAAUGUUUAUCUUCCUCCCAAAUUCAACGCGCAGAUUUGUUGAAUCAUUUCUUAAAAUUAAUCGAAUUUGUAUUAUCCGUGCUGAAAAUUUAGCUGGAAGUUGAAUUCUGUUGAAGGAUUUUCGUUCAAUUUUUCGCUUAAUUUGUGGUUUUCAAACUCCGCAGUGAACUACCCAUUAGAGACAGUGGCAAGAGCAAUAUCCCCUGCAAGGUGACCUUAAAAUGGGCGAAAAAGCAUGUUUAAAGCGCCUCCAAAAGGAAUAUAGAGCCCUAUGUAAAGAACCUGUCUCCAAUGUGGUGGCACGCCCUCUACCAAAUGACAUUCUUGAGUGGCAUUAUGUUUUGGAGGGAAGUCAAGGAACACCCUUUGCAGGUGGAUAUUACUAUGGAAAAAUAAAGUUUCCACCAGAGUACCCAUUUAAACCUCCAGGGAUCACCAUGACUACUCCAAAUGGACGCUUUAUGACACAAAAGAAGUUGUGCCUGUCCAUGAGUGAUUACCAUCCUGAGAGUUGGAACCCCAUGUGGUCUGUCUCAAGCAUACUGAAUGGGCUCCUCUCAUUCAUGAUGGAUAACAGCCCUACCACUGGCAGUGUCUCAAGUACAGAAGCGGAGAAAAAGAGGCUUGCAAGUGCCUCUCUGGCUUUCAAUUGUAAAAACCCAACUUUUAGGAAACUAUUUCCAGAGUACCUAGAGAAAUACGAACAACAGUUGGCAAGCGAGCAAUCUGCAAAUCAGGCAGCACAAGAACCCGUCAGGGAUGAAAACCCCCGCCCCACUUUAAAGAAACGCGGAUCCAAGGUGGACCAGAAUAAUAUAGAUGUCCCGAAAGAGAUGAAUAUCCAGCAGAAACGCCGGUCUUUCCCUACCUGGCUGUCGCUGAUGCUUGUUUGCAUUUUUGCUGCCGUAAUGGCUCUGCCCCUGCUUCAACUUUGAUGACAUAUGACCACCUUGAAAGGGAUAUUUUGAGUGUGAUUUAGGUGUUAUAUUAGCAUCUGUAAUGAUGUCGCAAUCUGUCAAAUUACUUGAUAUCUUAUAAGUCUUAAUGUACCUAAACAGGACCUAUACAGUGGUCGUGCAAAUGAAGAAAAUGUGAUUUGUAUCCA